AUGUCCCAAACUAAACAGAAAAUUUUUCCUUCUGAACCAUCAAUUUGUUUCUAUAUAAAAACAUUUCCUGAACGUCUGUUUCCUUCACAGCCUCCCAGCCUGAGCAGCAGCCGCCUCCUGGCGUCCGCAGCCGCCCAGAAGAUCUUCACGCCUGAAGCUGUGAAGAAAAGCAGCUCUGAGGAAGAGGAGCCUCUGCUGAAGGAGAACCCUCGGCGCUUCGUCAUCCUCCCCAUCCAGUACCACGACAUCUGGGAGAUGUACAAGAAGGCGGAGGCUUCCUUCUGGACGGCCGAGGAGGUGGAUCUGUCCAAAGACCUGCAGCACUGGGAGUCUCUGAAACCAGACGAGCGUCACUUCAUCUCGUACGUUUUGGCGUUCUUCGCCGCCAGCGACGGCAUCGUCAACGAGAACCUGGUGGAGCGCUUCACCCAGGAGGUGCAGGUGACAGAGGCCAGGUGUUUCUAUGGUUUCCAGAUCGCCAUGGAGAACAUCCACUCAGAGAUGUACAGCCUGCUGAUCGACACCUACAUCAAGGAUCCCAGUGAGAGGGAAUACCUGUUCAACGCCAUCGAGACUCUGCCAUGUGUGAAGAAGAAGGCCGACUGGGCCAUCAACUGGAUCGGCAACAAGAACGCCAACUACGGAGAGCGUGUGGUGGCGUUCGCCGCCGUGGAGGGAAUCUUCUUCUCUGGCUCCUUUGCCGCCAUCUUCUGGCUGAAGAAACGCGGCCUGAUGCCCGGCCUGACCUUCAGCAACGAGCUCAUCAGCAGAGACGAGGGUCUGCACUGCGACUUCGCCUGUCUCAUGUUCAAGCAUCUGGUCAACAAACCGUCGGAAGAAACCGUCACCAAGAUCAUAAAGGACGCCGUGGCGAUCGAGCAGGAGUUCCUGACGGAGGCUCUGCCCGUCAAGCUGAUCGGGAUGAACUGCGACAUGAUGAAGCAGUACAUCGAGUUUGUGGCCGACAGGCUGCUGCUGGAGCUCGGCUUCUCCAAGAUCUACAGGGUGGAGAACCCCUUCGACUUCAUGGAGAACAUCUCUCUGGAGGGAAAGACCAACUUCUUUGAGAAGCGGGUUGGAGAGUACCAGAGGAUGGGCGUCAUGUCGACCCCAACAGACAAAUCCUUCAGACUGGACGCCGACUUCUGAAAGGAACAGGAAGUUUUCUUUCUGCCCCGGUGCAUGAUGGGACUAAUUCAUGCAGAGCAGC